AUUUACGCAAGCGUGCCAACUGACAGUGAGCGCGUCCUGCUAAUAAUUUUGUUAAAAGUCGAGGUAAAAACUGUUCUCCCAAUUUGUUGUUACUUUUUUUAAAUAAUGACUGAAACUGUCGAUGGCAUUGUUGGUGAAGUACAUCUUGAGGAGUUAGUAAAAGAUGGUACAAUUUUUGAACUCAAACCCAAUAUCCUAGAAGCUGAAUGCAUUCACGAUGCUGAAAGUACUGAAGCACUUCAAGAAUAUUUAAAACUCGAAUGUCUUGGCUUAGACACCCCUUCCUAUGAUGGCGAAGAACCAUUUACAACAAUAGCUAAAGACAUGAAUAAUUUGCUACAAAAUGGAAAAAUCAAGAAAAAAAUUAUCAGAGACGGAUAUGGCCCACCAGUCGACAAUUUAUCAAGUGUCACAAUUAAUUACAACGCUUAUGUGCAAUUUGAGGCCCAUCCAUUUGACUCGAGUUAUGCCCGAAAAUCACCGUUUUCUUUCACAGUUGGUCAAGGAGAAGUCAUCGAGGGUCUAGACCUUGCAGUGCAAUCAAUGAAAAUCAAUGAAAAAUCUCAAUUCUUAAUCGAUCCCGAAUUUGCAUACAAAGACAGUGGUUUGAACAGAAUCCCACCAAAUUCCGUGGUGUUAUUUGAAAUCGAAUUAUGUACAAUUAAAGAAUGUUUAACUCAAAAUACACAAGAAGUUAAUGAAAAAGAAUUUAAACAUGUGCACCCGAAAUGCUUAACUCUUUGCGUCAAGGGCAAAGACAUGUUUCGUCUAAAAGACUACCAAGGUGCAAUCAAACAGUAUACAACAGCAGUGAAUAAAUUAGAAGACGCACUUUUGGAAAAUUACGACGAACAAUUAAAAUGUGAAGAACUUUUAGUUCGUUUAUACACGAAUUUGUUGGUUUGUUGCACACAUGCAGAGAUCCCUAAACGCGGCUGUCUCUUUGCACAAAAAAUUUAUGAAAUGGCCAAAAAUGAUACAUUUAAAGUGUCAGCCAAAGUAUUUUUCAAUCAUGCCAAAUGUCAAAGAAUGUUAGGUAGUUAUAAUAAAGCGGAGAGGAAUUUUUUACAAGCCCGAGCAUUAGAACCCAAAAAUGAAGAAAUAAAGCAAGAAUUGGAUAGUUUAAUAAAGGCAAAAGAAGAGUUUAAAAAGCAACAGGCGAAACUGGGAAAGGCGCUCCUUAGCUCAUAAUUUAGAUAAUUUACAAAAAUAAAAAAAAAUUGUGAAUAA